AUGUCAGAACCCACCAGUUCCCCAGCAGGAAACACGCUGGAGGAAAAUGGUAUCACGACUCGUAACAUGAUCGCUCGCACCACCCCAAAUGCCAUCAACGCCAUUGAACAUUCAGUACGUAGCACCCGCGACACCACAGAUGGGCCAAAUGCCAAUGCAGCAAUACUACCCUCAGAAAUCCAAGCGACGGAUAUCGAAGUCCUGGCUAGUCACAGCACAGCCCAAACAUCCCACGAAGGUUCCACAUCUCCCGAACUGUCUAGUUAUUCACCCAGGCUGCCGCCAACGCUACCAACAUCUCCAUGGUUAUCAAGCCUGGGAUCAUCCCUGGUCAACACACCAGCCCUGCCUCUGCCAACAGAAUUAAGCACAGAGGACCAGAUGUCAGACAGCGAGUUUGUUGUCCCCACCUUGGAAAUUGAGAUUGUCUUGCCACUGGCCGCUUCCAUUGUUUCUAGUUCCAAUUUGCCCGCUGUACAUGACUCGUUAGAAUUUGUUCCCGCUUCUCGUUUUACUUCUUCUGCUUCCUCGUUACCAUCUGCUGUCAAACUGGAGUCCGUGUCGAACCUUGAUGAACCAGUGCCUCCCACCAUAAUACUCGAUUCUUCAGAUACCAACACAAGUUCAGACUUCAUUAUGGACUUUUCGCUAAGUGAUACGUUCAUAGUAGAAAUGACAGACACUGCUGACUGUUAUUUGGGUGUGACCAAACCAGAAAUUGUUGAUCUGUACAGUAUUUCUGACGACUUAGAAGAGGUCACAGAAAGUGUACCAUUCACUACGCAAGCUAUCCUAUACGGGCCUGGCGGAAAAACAUCAUGUUUCCAAGUGAACGUGGAUGAUGGAGCCAUGGUAAACGUCAUUGACCUGAAGGUGUUCCAUAAGGUGGAGCGCAACUUAAAGAGGCUCAUACGGUCGAACCAAAGCCUCCGAAUGGCAGACAGAUCAAUAGUACCAUCACAUGGACUCUGGCAGGGGACCUUCCAAUGGAACAAGGUCAAGAUUCGCACAUCCUUCAAAGUGUUUGACAGUGGAGGAGCAUGGUCAAUGCUAAUUGGCAAGCCCUUACUGGAACAACUAGGAGCCAAGCAUGACUACGCUCAAGAUGCCAUAACAAUACUGUACCAACCCUCACCUAUCAUAAUGUACAACAUCUACGGAACGACAGCAGCGCCAAUACCAAAAACCCGAACACCACCAGAAUUAGCUGUACAUGACAAUGGCGGAGAUGACCUUCCAUUUGCACUGAUAUUUCUAAUUGUUACUAUACCCCCAGAUGAAAUUGCUGAUUCCAGUUCACAGGAAAAACACGGACAGUCAAUACCAAACACCGAACAUUACGUGUUCGAAGUUGAUGUGCGAGUCACAAAGGACCAGCUGGAGCUGCGCACAGAAGGCCUGGCAAGAGCAGGAGCACAUGUAGUACAGGCAGACCAAUGGCCAAUAGUUUCACUGGUAACAGAACAAGCACCGUUAUCACCAUGCUCACCUGUCUCCUUCACAGCAACCGAAACCAAGGUCAGAAAUGCCAAUAUGCCCAUAUGGCCAGUUUUGAACCGACUCGAGCAUGAAAUGUUGGGCGAAGUACCUGAAUUCCCGACAGCCUCAAUCACGCCCAGUGUUUAUUCUCGACAUACCAACCCGUUCAAUCCAGUGUGA